CCCCGGCCACCUCUGUUGCUUUGUUUAAUAUCUCUCGCUUAUAAUGAAGUAGGUUGUGAUGGCACAGCCACAAUGGAUGGAGAGCAUUGAAUGUGUAACCCUGGAUGCUAUUUUUUUUGUACAGUAGAGCAGUCUCUCUCUCUCUCUCUUUUCCUACAUUUGUACAGUACGGUUGAAUUCAAUAUGUCAAAGCGCGUCAUAGCGCACACUUCACUUUUACAUAGCGCAUGUAGUUUUGUUGCAGUGAAAACACUAUUAAAGAAGGUGCCGACUUACUCAAAACUAUCUAUGUAUCAUGUAUAUUUUCUUGCGGAACUGCGUGGUGGAUGAAACUACAAGAACAAGAUGAUGGAAGCAGGCUGUCCGUCCUGAGUUCCAAUUUGGGCGUUCUGUCCUACUGACAAUCUCUUUCGCUACCUACUGGCGCUACCUAAACCAAUCAGCUGCAGAAGCACUGCGUCGUCCUUUCCGCGUUGCUCCUGGUUUUUCAUACAUUUGAGGACAGAGGACGUUGUCGUACACUCGCUUGACGACUGACCCUGCACGAGCGAGCGGGCAUACUCAGUGAGGCGCGACGAGCAGUGACACGGUCACGUCCGCCAGUCUCGGACCACCGCGCAUCGCCACUUGAUUGAUUGAUUGAUUGUAAGAACAAAAGGACGAUGAGUGCGAGUCAACAAAGUACCAAGCGUCUUGUUGUUGCAGAAGCUCACAAGGUGGAGAUUGUUGAGCUCGAGGUAAUGGACGCAGAUGAGGUCGAAGAAUACGAGGAGGUAGAGGAGGGUGAAGUGGAAGAAGAAGGCGGUAAUUCAGGAAGUGAGGACGCAGAAGGGGAUCCAUCCGACGUACGCGGGAAUUUGGCCAUUCAGUAUGAUAUGUUGCGUUCCCGAGGAGAGCCCGUCGAGGACCUUCGGCGCCGGAUAGAGAGGGAAUUUGAAGACGAGGAGUACUUCGAAGCGGUAAACCGGAACCUGAUUCGGAUGGGUCGAGGGCUGCCCUCACCCCUACCGAACUACUUCACGAGUUUGGAAAGCUUCGCUAAUGAUAUGAGGUAUCGCUGUGUGCGCCUACUUCCGCCAGUGAUCAUAGAGAGAGCCUGUUUAGCCUGGAAGGGUUUUAGCUACAAGGGUGUGCCCGCGUGGAAAAUGGAGUUCUGCUGCAAUGUCGUGAACCAAAUUAACGCAAGUAAUGAACUGCUGGAUAAUCAAAUGGGAUUGAAGACCCUGUACGAGAAACCGGAGUCGCUGAAGAACGGCAACCUGCACCACGUGGAGAAUUUCCUGUCUCCCUCGGUGAGUUGGAUGUUGGAUUCCAAGCAGUGUCUGAGUGUGCUGGAAAGCGGAGCGCUGAAGGAGUCUUUCACGUUCCCAACGCGGCCUACGGCAGACGUUCUUGCGCAAAAAGCGAAAAGUGUGCCGGACUCGGCCGUGGACAAGCUGUUGACCGGAGUGUUUAACUGGACGCACCUCACGGGCAGCCUCACUUCCAUCGCCACGGUGUGGCGCGAGCUUCUCCACGACAACAUGCUGAAUGCGUGGAAGUAUCGAGCGGAGGCAGACCCGCGUUUUGCGAAGGUGGUGGAACAAGUGAAAACGCGGGUGGACACUGCGAACAAGAUUCAGUUUGAAGGUUCAAGAAAGUACAUGGAGAACCUGCGUCGCGCACUGCAAGACGCGAUAUACAGGACGAAAGACAUGGUAGAGUUGACAAAAAAGCUGACGAGCCUUCUGAUACUCUCUGGGGCUGAGUGGAGACAACUGGUCCAGCAGUUGGACGAUGCUUUUCAAGAGCAUUUGAGGUAUCCAACGCCAAAGGUGCCCGAAGUGGAUCCCAAGACGGACAAACUCGAGCUCAAAUUCAUUGGAAAGAACAUCAAGCCGGGUGCCCCCUUUGAGUCGGACGAGCAAAGGGAGCACGUGACGCUGGGCCUUCGGUCUUUCUUGGCUUUUGGCCUGCAAGUAGUGUCCGAGGGUCGCUACCUCUUUCGCCUGCGCAAAGAAGGCCCCCCUUCCCUCUGGGACAUCAGGCUCCAGGCGCCGGUCGACGAAAAAUUGCCUGCACCUUCGCUGGCAUCUGGUGAAUUCACCGACCCGUCCGGGCUUCGCUGGGGCAUCGGUGGCCCCAACUUCAUUGUGGAAGAGAUGCUGCCGCAUGCGAAAGAAUGCUUCGCGAUGAUUGAGUGCUGCUUCGACGAUUUUACGGAGAUGUUGCUGCAUUCUUUCGUCUCGUACGCAAACAACUUGAGCGGAGUUGCGAGAGAAGACGGAAUCGCAAGGGCAGACGUAACAGUUCUCUUAACAUACCUCCCAGCCAUGUAUGCGGGGGACGUGGAGGAAUUCAGCAAGCUCAAUGACCAUUUUCCUGCUAGGCGCAGCCAGCAUCGGUCAAUGCACGCGAUGAUACAGGCAUCCUUAGGGCCUGGGGGGCUGGACUCACCUGACUUCAUGAGCAAGAAUAACUUCUCACCCGCACAACUUGCGGAAAGACGGAGAGGAAAUUAUGACGACGAUAAGAACCGGGAGUUGCUCUCAUCUCUUGACGUCUCUUCAAAGAAAAAGGAAGCCGCCGCAAAAGACUUCAAGAUGGCCUCUGGAAUCCAGGAAUGCGAUGCAAACCAGACCCUAGAUGGGGAUGCGUGUAUUGAGAGCUUCGUAGAAAAACAGACGAGGCCCCGCCCCGCCGACCUGGAGCAAGGAUGUUCCGGUUGUUCCACCUGUGCGAUCAUGUAGUGGGAAAGUAAAAGAUGCAUGAUACCGAGAGGACUGACUAUCAUGAAGGUGCGACGUGGUGGCAGAUGAAGAUGAUCUGACCUUUGCGCGCUGAAUCAACUUCUAACUACAAUUUCGUUUGGGGAGAUGUCUU